AUGUCACAGUUCUUCGAAGCUGCUACUCCCGUUGCAAUCCCUACAAGCAAUGCCAACGGCGGCACCAGUGAUGCCGGCAGCGCCGCCACUGGCGCCGCCCCUGUUGUUGGCGCCACCUCUCAACCUACCAUCAAUCAUAGGCUAUUGCUGUCUCUGAAAGAGGCUGCCAAGAUCAUUGGCACCAAGGGCUCUACCAUCUCACGCAUAAGAGCUUCCAACUCCGUCAAGAUUGGUAUUUCUGAAAAGGUACCCGGUUGUUCCGACAGAAUUCUAUCCUGUGCAGGUAAUGUAAUUAAUGUGGCGAACGCCAUCGGUGAUAUUGUUGACGUGCUCAACAAGCGGAAUCCCGAGAAUGAGGAUGCCGCUGAAGGCGAGAUCGAGGAGCACUAUAACUUCCAUUUCCUGAACCAUAUUUUGCCAGCUCCCUCUAAGGGCGAAAUUAGAGACCUGCAACAACUAGAAAACAUUGGUUAUGUGAGGCUCAUUGUGGCAAAUUCCCACAUCUCUUCGAUCAUCGGCAAGGCUGGCGCCACCAUUAAGUCUCUUAUCAAUAAGCACGGCGUCAAGAUUGUGGCCUCCAAGGACUUCUUGCCUGCUAGUGACGAGAGAAUCAUUGAGAUCCAAGGUUUUCCAGGUUCCAUCACGAACGUACUCAUUGAAAUCAGCGAGAUUAUUUUGAGUGAUGUUGACGUGAGAUUCAGCACAGAAAGAUCUUAUUUUCCUCAUUUAAAAAAGUCGUCUGGUGAACCUACCCCCGCUUCUAGUUCUUCCAACACUAAAAUUGAAUUGAAGAUCCCAGAACUUUACGUGGGUGCCAUUAUUGGUCGUGGAAUGAACAGAAUCAAAAACUUGAAAACUUUUACUAAAACUAAUAUUGUUGUGGAAAGGAAGGAUGAUGACGACAAGGACGAAAAUUUUAGAAAAUUCAUAAUCACAAGUAAAUUCCCGAAGAAUGUAAAACUCGCUGAAUCCAUGCUUUUGAAAAACCUGAAUACCGAAAUUGAGAAGCGUGAAAACUAUAAGAGAAAGCUGGAAGCCUCGGAAGGAAGUACCACUGCUGUUUCUGAACAUUCCGAUGUUCCUUCCUCUUCCGAAGAGAAGGAAGAAGUGCAGGAGGAACAUGACAAUGAAGGACAACAGUAG